CCUGACCAUGGCUCAGUUUCAUCAGGAGGCGUCCAUUAAUGGGAUAGCAGCGGAUAUAGUUGGAGCUUUACCUGGCCAGGAAGAUCAUGCACUGAAUGGCGCCAAUGAACAGGUAGAAGAGUUCUUGGAUGACAACGCUGGUUAUAACGAGGUAGUGGAAGAGCAAAGAUACUACCGGCGGAAAAGACUUUUAACCAUAAAGAGCGUUAUUUCUGCAAGCUUGGCUGCUGCCAUAACGUACGGCGUAUAUCUGGGUCUCCUGCAGAUGCAGCUAAUUUUACAUUACGAUGAGACCUACAGAGAUGUGAAGUAUGGUAAUAUGGGUCUGCAGGACAUCGAUAACAAGAUGCUGAUGGGCAUCAAUGUGACCCCAAUUGCCGCUCUGCUAUAUACUCCUGUCCUCAUUAGAUUUUUUGGCACAAAGUGGAUGCUGUUCCUCUCCUCUGGGAUCUAUGCCUUGUUUGUCUCUACCAAUUACUGGGAGAGAUACUACACCCUCGUACCAUCAGCGACUGUCAUCGGAGUUAUGAUUGUCCCCUUCUGGGCUUCAAUAGGCAAUUACAUUACCAGGAUGGCUCAGAAGUAUCACGAGUUUGUGGACUUCAGAGAAGAAAAUGUCAGGGAGCCGCGGCGUGUACGUCGAGGAGCCAGCCAUAAAUACAUCAUCAUUUUUCAGAGUAUCUUCUAUUCCAUCUUCCAUUUGAGCUUCGUCCUGUCCCAGUUUCCUGUGUACUUCUUCCUCAACAAGUUCCUGUGUGACUAUAACCACACACUUUUCGAUGUGAAGGAAUGUGGUGCUUCAAUGCAACGUGGAGUCCUUCCAAAGGGGUUCAACCUUACUGUCCUUCAGUCUCUACCCCCUAGUAUCAGUCUCAUCUACGUAGAAAGUGUCCUCAUGGGGGCAGCACUUGUGGCUAUGCUGCUGUUCUUGGUCCUCUGUGGCUCUGCAUAUCGCCCAACUGAAGAGAUCGACCUUCGCAGCAUAGGCUGGGGGAACAUCUUUCAAUUACCCUUCAAGCACUUUAGAGAUUAUCGCCUUCGCUGCCUAACUCCAUACUUCCUGUACAGCGGGUUUGAAGUCUUGUUUGCCUGCACAGGCUUUGUUUUGUGCUAUGGAGUGUGCUCCCUCGGCUUAGAGAAACUUCCAUAUUUAAUCACAGCGUAUGGGUUAUCAGCCUCUGUCUUCUCCACCCUGGGCCUGUGCUUCCUUCGCCUGCCACGCCAAAUACCCCUGGCUGGGGGUGCCAUAGUGCACAUCUGCAUCCUGAUUGCCUUGUUUUUCUGGAGUCCGGCUCCCAGGGAGCAAUCGCAGGGUCCCAUGCUUUAUGUGGUGGCUGUGCUGUGGGGUUUGGGCACAGCCCUGAAUAAGACCGGCCUCAGCAUUAUAAUAGGAAUGUUUUACGAAGACAAAGAACGUCAGGACUUUGUGUUUACCAUUUACCACUGGCUCCAAGCGCUCGCCAUAUUUAUCGUCUACUUGUGGGCAGAGCUGCCAAUGAUGGCCAAACUUGGGAUUAUGCUGGCCUCAGCUCUAAUUUCUGUACUGUCCUAUCUCUGGAUGGAACGUAAAAUUGGCUCCAAUGUGCUGCCACGCAUCCCCAAGAUCCCUGCCCCACGCCACAAGGUGAAGGGUUACCGCUACUUGGAAGAAGAGAACUCUGACGAGUCAGAGACAGAGGAGAUGAGCGAAGAUGGAGAACGUGAGCAAUCUGGAAGUGAAGUAGAAAAUGAUGAAGGGGAGCAACCAGUUCGGCCCCUAGAGGAAGCACAAUAAGCAAGAACAAUGCUAUGAGCAGGGAGUGGAGGAGGAGUGA